UUUUAUUUUUUGCUUCAAUUCAUAUAUUUAUGCAUAUUUGUGCAUUUCGCUCUACAGUCUUGUUUUCUACUACUUGAGGCCAAUGGCCAAGCUCACGGACCUUCCGUACGAGCUGCUGACCCAGCUUCUAAUUAUCUCAGCCAACGAGUCAUUAGUGACCGUAUGUCGCUGGACAUACAUCUGUCUCCGGAAAACAACCCCGCGAAUAUGCUACAAGUUUGUGCGACAAAAGGGCAUGUGGGAAAAAACGCAGGUAAUUGCCAGUGCCCUUCCGUACAAGUUUCUCAGCGUCGAAUUGCUAGAUCAGAUCAUUAAAAAUGAAGCGGAACUCGUGCCAAAGCACAAUGGGAAGCACAAAAGACUGAAGUCGGACAACCUUGGCGAUUUAAAAAUACCCAACAGAUUGUUUCACUUUGACCCUGAUGGCAAGAUGCCGGUGAAUAUCAAUUUGUCCAAAAAGCAAAAGCGCGCGAAUAUACAAAACGACAGCAACCAAGUGCGGUUUGAUAUUGUCAAGUGUUUGUUGUCAAUGAAGUUGUCGGUCAAAGGUGCGCGUGGAAAUACAGGGCUUUUGUUAUCCGCUAAGGCUGGGAACUUGACCUUGGUGAGGAUGCUGUUGAAGCGAGGUGCGGAUCCUCAGGUCGGCCGUGACAACAAGGCGCUGUUGAUGGCUGUGGUAUACGGCCAUCUUCCUGUAAUUAGGCGCUUGGUCAAGACCGGCGCACCGCUCACACCACUGGCUCUAAGAUAUGCUGUGCAAAAAAAGCACUACAAGAUUGUUGCCUGGCUGAUGAAGAGAGGUGUAGUGCCAGACAUGAUGACGAUAAAGCUGUUAGACAAAUUGUAGAUAAUAUUUUUCUCUUUUUUUAAACUUUGUUAAAGUAAACAAAAAACAUAGAAAUAUGCCA